CUCUUAUCGUUUGAUUCGUUUCCAAGAGACACUUCCAGAUAAAAAUAGUCAAUAGUUCUAUCAUACAAGUUGUCUAUAAUUCAGCCACCUACCCUUACCUUCUUGCCUUAUUACUCUAUACAAAGGCGUGGACUUCUCACUCUUCCUAGCUAAUCUCCUCUCUCCAGUCUUGAUUUAGGACCAUCCAUCCUUCACUCUUUUCCUAUACAACAUAGAAAUGGCAACUGGGUUUGUGUUUCUAUGGUUUUCCUUCUUCACUUUGUUGUCAUUUACAGCUUCAAUGGCCAAAAUCACACCUAGAUUCCCUUCUUCAAUCGUUCGGCCUGAGCAGCUCUCAGCUGCACUUUCUACCAAAAAUCAGCUUUACAAAACCAAGUAUUUCACCCAAAUCCUUGACCACUUCAAUUUCAAUCCCAAGAGCUACCAAACCUUUCAGCAAAGGUAUCUCAUCAAUGACACGUUCUGGGGUGGUGCUCAUAGCAAUGCUCCAAUCUUUGUCUACACGGGAAAUGAAGGAGAUGUUGAAUGGUUUGCUCAGAACACAGGCUUUAUGUUUGAAAAAGCACCCCAUUUCAAAGCCCUUCUUGUUUUCAUCGAGCAUAGGUUCUAUGGUAAAUCCAUUCCAUUUGGGGGUCAUAAAGAUGUGGCUUACAGCAAUACAAGUACACUUGGAUAUCUGAGCUCAACACAGGCGUUGGCAGAUUAUGCCACUGUCAUCACUGAUCUGAAGAAAAAUUUAUCGGCAACCGACUGUCCUGUUGUUGUUUUUGGAGGCUCAUAUGGUGGAAUGCUAGCAGCAUGGUUUAGAUUGAAGUACCCGCAUAUAACUAUUGGAGCCUUGGCAUCUUCUUCACCCAUCCUCAGUUUUGAGAAUAUUACAUCCCCAAAUAGCUUCAACAACAUUGUCACCAAGGACUUCAGGAGUGAAAGCGAGAAUUGUUACAAAGUGCUCAAAGGUUCAUGGGAUCAAAUUGAAAAUAAAGCAAAUCAACCCGGUGGUCUCGAGGUCCUUCGUAAAUCAUUCAAAAUAUGCAAGAACUAUAUUAGUGCAAGUUCUUUAGAAGGUUGGCUUACUACCGCAUACUAUUACACGGCCAUGACAGAUUAUCCCACUCCUUCAAAUUUCAUAAAUCCUUUACCAGCUUAUCCAGUGAAACAGAUGUGUAAGGCAAUCGAUAAUCCAACGACUGGAAAUGAUACUUUCGCGAAGUUAUACGGUGCAGCUAACAUAUACUAUAACCAUAGUGGAACUGCCACGUGCUUUGAUCUAGCCGAUGAUUCUGAUCCUCAUGACCUCGGAGGAUGGCAAUGGCAGGCAUGUACGGAGAUGAUAAUGCCAAUGGGUGGAAACAAUAAAGAGAGCAUAUUACCAGAGUCUUAUUGGAACUACGAUAACCGAGUCACUUCUUGCAAAUUGACCUACGACGUUGUGCCAAGACCUAAUUGGAUUACUACUGAGUUUGGUGGCCAUGAUAUCAAGAGGGUUUUGAAAAGGUUUGGGAGCAACAUUAUCUUCUUUAAUGGCUUAAGGGACCCUUGGAGUGGAGGAGGGGUGCUGGAGAAUAUAUCCAUGAGCAUAGUUGCUAUCGUUGCAAAAGAAGGGGCUCACCACGUGGACCUAAGGUUCUCUACUAAAGAAGACCCAGAAUGGCUUAAAGAUGUGAGAAAACAAGAAGUCAAUAUCAUUGCAAAAUGGAUCGCACAGUAUUACCAAGACUUGGCCCAUCUCUCGUCCUAGAGUUCAAGAUCAGAUUCUUUUUCGAAUAAUUGAAGGUCUUAGCUUAAGAAGCUAAUGUCUAAGCUUUUUUAUUUUUCUUGGAUGAAAGGGAAAAUUGUUUCUAUUACAUGAUUCCAUACAUGGUUAGGCUAGCCAUACACCACUGUGUUACUUUAAUUAAUAAAUACUUAUAUUAAAUAAUAAUGAAGGAUCUUAUUGAACAA